AUGGCUGAAAUUUCAGAAGUCUUACCUUUUCACCACGUAAAACUCGCGUUUAAUCAUCACGUUCCUGUUNAACAAUCGACUUCGGGUACUUUGUCGUCGGAUACGACAAUAACGACAUCAACUUCCAGCGGAUAUUCCACUGGUGGUUCAUCAGUAGCAACAACGAUUCCUUCAUCUGGAAAAAGACUUCCGUCUAAUCAACACAAAGUCAAACCAAAGGGUUUACAUAAUUUUCUAACCAAAUUAAAAACUUUCAUCAUUACACCCAAAGCCAAACAUAUACACUUAUCACCAUCGAAAGAUAUGCCGAUAACAAAUAUCAUUCUUCAAUCAUCUUCUCUCUCGUCAUCAACAACCUCAAGCAACAAUCCAAUUUCACUUCCUUUCACAUAUAUCAACUCAACUAAGCAACAAGAAUAUCACGAUGACUCUUAUGUAACCACAACAGCUAAUUUUGAAAAGAUUGCUGCAUGGCUUGAUCAUACAGACAUUCCUUCACAUCAACACGAUGACUUAUUAUUCAUAGACGAUAUCCUCACUGAAUCACGUUCAACGACUCCAAUUGAAAAUAACCAUCAGAUGACGAUGAAGAAACUUUCGUCGAACAGUAAAGCUCCUAAACGAAGUACAUCAUUAGUUGCUACAUUAACUCGGCCGAUUAUCGAACGAAAAACUUGUGAAAAGCCCAGCUCACCAACCCUAUCAUUUUCAUCAUCAAUCUUAGCGCGAGGAAUGACCGAAAGGAUAACGCCACAAGUAAAUCAGUACCCAUCUCGAACGGAUCCAUCCGAAGAACAAACAAAUACAUUACAACCGAAAUCGAACCGUCGUCGUGCAAUCGAUUUCUCUCGUCGACGAACUGUCGCUGGUCCAGCUGAUCAAUUGACUGUAAACAAAGAAAAUUUCCCAUCUAAUCCUAAUCAACAAAUCUACCGGUUCUCUCCCACAACAUCUACGAAUCCAGUCAUAAAAAAAUAUUACUUUCAUCCGAGUACUCCAGCAAAAAAUGAAGACAUACUGAUGAAUUCAUAUGGAUUAACUAUUCUUCAACAACAACGACAGUCGUCUGCAUCGACUGCAAAAAAGUCUCAACCGAGCGUGUCACGUACUCCAUCGAAAACGUUCAAUAUACGACCAGCGAUGCAUGUGCCACAGUAUGAUAACAUUUCUGAUUCUUUAGACGAUCUCCUCUGUGAUCGCGAAGUGGAAAGUUAUUUCUAUCCAAAUCGAUAUCAGACACCGAUUUCGAUUCCUCAACAUAUCUAUGUUAACUUAGGAAAUUCGACUAUGAAUCAUUAUCAACCAUCAACGUACAUUCACAGUACUUUGUGUUGA